AUGCAUCUGACCGUGGAGAUGAAGCGUCUGAUCAUUCCAAACCGCGAGCCGAGUCCUCUUUCGUCGCCGUUAGGACCUCUCUCUGAGUCGCCCGAAUCCGAGUCCGGAUACAACCUUUCUUUACAGACAGACCAACUCAGGAGCUCGGCGGGCAGUGUUUCUUCGGGAUACGAACCUCUCUCCAGAUCCCCGUUAUUCGACAGCGACCAUGGAAUUGGCCCAUCUGGACUGGAUCGUAUACGCCAAAAUCAACCCUCGAGAGUACUGACCCUUCCAAACAUGUCUUCCUCGUCGCUAUCACUAGCACCUAUGACUGGCCAGCGCCCCUCUCCCUCUCCCCGUUCUCGCUCAUCUUCUCGAGCUCACACCAAUCUUUUGUCGAGCCGAAGUUUCACGGAUCUAGCGGACCUACACCGGUUUCCACUGGAGUCGCUACACUCCUUUUCCUUUGCCCAGCAGUCCGAGGAGUUUCUCCACAGCCGUCAGAACAUUCUCAAAAGGUCUGUUGAUUUCAUGCGCGACCGGAUGGGAUGGGCCGCCACCAAUGCCGCGAUCGCCAGCGCACAAGCAAACGCCAGUGGGGACACGGAGAUGCAAGCACAGGACCCGCAGAGAUUAAUAGCGACAAUAUCUUCGAGAAGGCCUUCGCAGACGGCAAUUCCUCCCCGCUCCCAAUUGUUGAGCCCGGUGCCCAGCGAUCGUAUCUCCAACCAAAGGAGGGACCUGGUCUCUGCACCUACAUCCAGGCGCGUAAGCUUAAAACCACAACCAUACACCUCUUCCGCGGAUCCUUUCGCCUCGCUCAAUCCCUCGUCUGCUGGAUUAGGAUUUCAGAUCCCCGCCCUCCACGCCCAUAGCAGCAAAUGGACCCCGGCUUCCCAGGCCGUGUUUAGGACCGAAGCCAAGGAACCAUGGACCAUUCUGGCCGCUAAUGAUUUGUCGUGUCUCAUCUUUGGUGUUCUUCAGUCCGAAGUUCGCCAUCUCAGCAUCCUGGAGGUUGUACAGAAAGAACACCAGGAAUGGCUCAAGGCUAAACUUCGAGAUCCUAGCACUGACGUCGCUGCCCGCAUGCCACUUCAGCCCGAAAGAGCUAACAUUUCCGCCGUCAAUCCCAAGUACCGAGGUCUUGGGAACGGAGUGACAGCACAACUCCUCAGCAAACCAUCUUCACGAGAACAGUCCCGGAGAGCGCAGACUGAUGACGGAUAUGGCUCCAGCACAAGAAACGCCCGAAACAACAACCACCCGGCCAAUAAGUCACGCGGUGUCUUGCUGUGCGGUGAUGUGGUCCCGAUUCAGAAGCGCAAUGGGUCACGGGGAUCCGCUAGCGUCUGGGUUAUGGAAAAGCGUGGUGGCCUGAUCUGGGUCCUGGAAGAAAUAACAGAGAAUAUUGCCUUCAUCGAGUGUGAUGAUUCAUGGAAAGUCGUGAGUGCCAAAGGUGAAGUCGAAAAAAUCUGGGGCCCAUCUGUCGUUCAAAAAGGCCAGUCGAUCACCGACCUUUUACCUUGUUUGCCAUCGGAAUCUCUUGAGACAUCCCUCGAGAAGGGAUUGGCUAAAAUCGUGGAGCUGAGGCACUUUGCCGCCCGCACUGCGGCUGGCGUUUGUAUUCCCGUCGCGGUCGGCAAGGGAGAAGGAGAUUACACUAUGCAAGUCUCCAGCUUUCCUCAUGUCGCAGGCAUGAUGGUGCUCUCGUCCUCGUCAUUGAACGUGAUCAGCUCCAACUCUGUGUUCUCUUCGGUUCUCUUCGGUCAAGAGAGACCGGAAGGACUUCACAUCACUCAGCUUGUACCCGAUUUCGAUGAGAUGCUAGACGUUUUGACCGAGGAGGACAACGUACCACUAGUUGAUGGUAUUGUCAUACCGGAACACAGCUUCCGGCGUGCACGGACACUUUCUAUUCUCCGCGACGGAAAAGCAAAUGCCGCCUCUGUGUUUACAGAGCCAAGUGGCUUGCUUGCCAAGCAUCGGGAUGGCUCGACCAUUGUCGUGGACAUUCAACUGCGCGUGGUUCAGAGUGGCACCUGCUUCUCAAAGGACAAGACAGAGAAAAGCAGCAAAAGCAGCAAAAGCAGUGAUCGCACCAGUGACUCUGAUGAGAGUGAUGAUACCGUUGCAGUCACAGAGUUGGUCUAUGCUUUGUGGAUAACCUACUCGAGACAGCUCCACGCUGCUGGACCCGCUGCUGGCCUGUCGCCAUCAUCUGUCCCAAGUUCUAAGCCUACCUCACCCACACAUGACCCUGAUUCAGAUCGCCCUUUAGACGCCGGUGUUGCUGCCCAGACGGAAAACCCCAAGAUUUCUGUGGAGAUUGAAGCUCCGACGUCAGCACUUAGUCAACAACUCAGUGAGGCUGCCUCUGAGCCUCUGACCACCCGUCCCCCGCAGCCCGUUCCUCCGGUCUCGGCUGCCAAUGCGAAGAACGACCCUCCGGCGAAACGAACGAUCAACGACUACGUGAUUCUCGAAGAGAUGGGACAAGGAGCCUACGGCCAAGUCAAACUGGCCCGUUUAAAGAAGCAGCCUAGCAAGAAGAUGGUGUUGAAAUUCGUCACGAAGAAGCGGAUCCUGGUGGAUACGUGGACUCGGGAUCGGCGACUCGGGACUGUGCCAUUGGAGAUCCAUGUUCUGGACUUCCUACGGCGGGAUGGGCUCAGGCACCCUAACAUUGUGGAGAUGGAAGGCUUCUUCGAGGACGAUAUCAAUUAUUACAUUGAAAUGACUCCUCACGGGCUUCCGGGAAUGGAUCUGUUCGAUUAUAUCGAGCUCAAGGCCAACAUGGACGAGCUGGAGUGCCAGAACAUCUUCCGACAGGUUGCGAGCGCCAUUAAUCAUCUCCACACCAAAGCCCUGGUGGUACAUCGUGACAUCAAGGAUGAGAAUGUGAUUCUCGAUGGAGAGGGACGGAUCAAGUUGAUCGACUUUGGGAGUGCGGCGUAUAUCAAAAACGGGCCAUUUGAUGUCUUUGUGGGAACCAUUGAUUAUGCCGCGCCCGAGGCCUUACAGGGCCGGUCGUAUCGAGGCAAGGAACAGGACAUCUGGGCUCUAGGGAUUCUCCUUUACACCAUCGUCUACAAAGAGAACCCGUUCUACAACGUCGAUGAGAUCCUUGACCACCCCCUCCGAAUUCCUUUCCUUCCUUUCUCAGAAGACUGCAUUGACCUCAUCCGCACGAUGCUCGAUCGUGACGUUGACAACCGACUCACCAUUACCGAAGUGCUUGAACAUCCUUGGAUGGUGAAUAUUAAGAAAUGGUUCAAGCACAUGCCUAGGUAUCGCAUUCCCUCCGCUCUGCAUUCCGCCAUUUCUUGUUCCUCUUUGCACCUCUCUUUCUCUCCUCCUUUCGCAACUUCCCCCGCCCUCUGUAUCUUCUACUCGGCUCUUUCGGUUCUCUCGGUUUUCUGUACGGUGUCUUUGCCGAAACCUGUUCCACGGUUCCUUCGCCGUGGCCCUACAACAAACAAUAACGGUCAAUACCGGUCAUCCUUGAGAUCGAACACUAUGCCCAUUUAA